AGCUGUCAUGAAAGGUUGUGUUAUUCGAUUUUAUAUUUGGUGAUGUGCUACAUUUGCGGUUGUUUUGCUUGGUCUUUGGACUUAAUUCAAAGAAUAUUAACAUUCUUCUUAUCCUGUUGGUUAAUGGUGGCUGUAUGCUGUGGGCUGAUGAUAGCAGUUCUCGCAGGCGUUGCCUAUGGUUACAACUACUGUAUCGCGGAGUUCGUUACAUUAACUCAAGCCGAUGUUCGAGUUUAUAUGCGCCGCGGACAGUUCUAUGACCAGCCAGACUUGAAAUCAACUAAUAACCGACGAAUGGGAGAUUCAGAAAACAUUUCAUACAAUUUAACUAGUGAUUACCAAGACUACGUAAAUAAAGACGAGCCGUUAUCACAGAAGUGGUCAAAGGGACAGGAUAACCGUAUAUAUGCAGAGAAAUUAACGAAAUAUUCUGAAAGCAGAAGAAAAGAACCUGUUAAUAAAGAGAUGCUGUACUACAAAUUCACAACAGCACCCACACGUCGCAUUUCUAUAACGCCGAAUCCAAUAUUCUCGACGACGAUAUGGCAUAGCGGAUCGUCAGAAAUUAUUAUGCGGCAAUUUGAACCAAUUAAUGACAUUAAUUCAAAAAGCGAGGAAAAUAGCUCAAAUGAAGAUAUAGAAACCACGCAAUCUAUUUCACCUGAUAUUAAAAUUAUCGUAGAAGAUAGCCCCAAGAGUAAUGAGCAAAAAAUGCGAGAUUGGAAACCAUCUCCAAGACCUGUUGUACACGAUUAUUUAACAGAAGUGGAUGAAGACUCAAUAGUUUACAAGGCUGUUUAA